AGCAAUAAAUAUACAAUUUAGGGUUUGUGAACGAGGAGGAUGUCUCUGAGUAGAAUUUCAUAAUUUUAAGUUCUCAAACAUUUCACUUGUUGGUCUUACAUUGCCUCUGAUACCGAGCGAAAUCUGUGCUCAGGUUAAAGGAAGUGGGUGUUUUGAGAAUUAACUAUAAGGAUGGAAAACUUGCCUUGUGGAAAGGAAGUGUCCUCCCCAGCUUUGGAGAAAAGUGAAGAAACACCACAGAAGGCAAUGGUGGAAGCAGAAAAUGUCUUAACAGAGAAGAAUGCAAUGGUGGAAGCAGAAAAUGUCUUAACAGAGAAGAAUGCAAUGGUAGAAGCAGAAAAUGUCUUAACAGAGAAGAAUGGAGGGCAUCAGAACAUAGUGGCCAGAAGGAAUAAUAAGGAUGACAGUAACAAGGUUACUCCUCCUAAUGUCAAAGUGCCUCCCAAGAAACUAUUUGGCUUCCCUGAGAGGUACAGAAGUCCAACAGAUUCAAUCAUGUCCCCAACAACCAGAGGCCUGCUCGCCAGAAAUAGAAAAUCUGUGAGGCCUGUUGAACUCCCAACUUAUCUUCCUCGCAAGUCUGGUUGAUACCACUGUAACCUCUGCCAGACCAGCAACCAAGUGAAGGAGACUAGUGCUGCUCAGCAUCUUUAUACUUCAAAUCCAGGUGUCUCAACAGUGGAAAGGAUCUUCCAAUGUUUUAAUAUAAGUGAUUUAUUCAAUCUCCGGGAGUUUCAAUACAUCUCAUGUUCUUUCUGUAGAGUUGCAACUUUUGGAGAAAAAUCAUAUUUGGGUUCAAUUAGGCCUUGGGUUUGGGAAAUAUGAAAUAGAUUGGGGGAGAAAUGGAAGGUUGAAUAUGAAUGCCAUGUAUUGUUUUCUGCCUACUUUAUUUAAUAAAACAAUGGCUCUGUUUAUUCAAAA